AUGGCCACCACGUCUGGGCCGAACCACCUCAGCGAAGCCGUUGUGGCUUUCUCGCUGGAGGGAAAGUUUCCAGACGAUGUCGCCUCCUUCUUGCCAGUCUCGCAAACGAACCUCGGCCCUACCAUUGAAGCGCUAGAUAAAGCCAAGGCGCAGCUCGAGAGCGAGAUUCACACGAUCAACGAGGAAACACGCGACGAGGUCAGCGCUUGGGAGAAGAAUGCCAAAAGCCUUCAGGAUGACAUCAUCCGUUCGAAAGCCAUCGCCAACGACAUCGUCCGCCAGUCAGAAGCCCCCGAGACCUCGGGCGAAACGAUACAGGAGGCUGAAGAGAAGACCGCCUUCCUGAACCGCGAAGUUCAGUACAGCCAACAGUUGGUUGGCGUGCUCAAGGGCAUUCGCCAUGUCAAUCAAAUGCUGGACCAAGUCGAGCAGGCAAGCAAGGAACGCAGGGUACUGGAUUCUUUGAUGCUUCUGGAAAACUCCUGGGCUGCCAUCGACGAGCUGGGGGUCAGUAAGACAUGCCGGGUCAUGAAGACACUGGAUUUGAGGACCUUUGAGCUCAAGUCAGAUGUUCACGCUGUCUUUGACCGCAUAUGGAAACAACUUAUACAAGUCGAUGUGGGCGCCGGUCAGGUUGCUAUAUACAGAUCCAUCAAAGACGGGAUGACAUUGACGGACGCCGUGAUCGGGCUCAAGGCAUAUAAAGAAGUCGAGGAACGCAUGGAACAGCUAUGGCGAAACAUUGACGCUGCCAUCAUCUCGCCAAGGAUGGAUAGCAAGGCUGCAUCCCUGCCGAGCAUCAAGGUCUCGGAAGACGCGAUCGAGCUGGACGGCCAGGCCAACGGGUCAAUCGCUUCCCUUCUCGCGGAUCUAGAAGCCACGCUCGCUCUCAUUGCAAACAAGUUGCCAGCUGACAUUAUUGACUCAUUCUGUGGUUUUAUGAUGGGUGAACUCAUCCCGCGACUCAUCAACGACUGGCUGAGCCCGGCUGUACCGACAUCGUUGACCAACAUGAAGGCCUUUGAAGAGAUGAUUGAGAACUCGAGACGCUUCUGCACGGCCCUGUCGGCGCAGGGCUUCAGUGGACUGUGGGACCUGCAAGCCUGGGUGGAAGAUGCGCCACAGAUCUGGCUACAGAAGUGCAGGGAGACAGCUCUGGCGACGAUCCGCACACGUCUCGCGAACGGUAUCGGAGAGUCAAGGCAGGUAGAAAAGGUGGAGAAGCAGAUGGUGUCAAAAGCAGAAGGGCAAGAGAUCAAAGCGAGUGGCGCUGGUGCAACAGCUGAGAACGACGGUUGGGGCGAGGAAUGGGGCGUCGACGACGGUUGGGAUGACCAUGAAGAGGCGGGACCUGAGACAUCGACACCCGCCAAGAACGAACCAAAAAGACAGUCAACCGCGGUCGCUGAUGACGACGACAUGGACGAUGCCUGGGAUGCAUGGGGCGCUGAUGUGGGAGACGAUGAUGCGCUAAAGACAUCUACCAACGACAGAAAGGAGCCAGAGUCGACGAACAUGGACGAGGACGAUGACGACGACGCCGAAGCAUGGGGUUGGGGUGAUGAGGACACGACCGAGCAAGCAGCCAGCAAACCCAGUCCCAAGAAGUCCAAGUCACACAGAAGCCAGGAACCUGAAGAGACGAGAGAAUUCGUCAUGAAGGAAACAUACCACAUCUCAUCCAUGCCAGAGCCAGUCCUGGAGCUCAUAUCUGCAAUAUUCGAAGACGGCGCCAAUCUAGCUCGGGGUGAGAGUGAGCAUGGCCCCGUUGCCGCUAUGGCUCCUGGACUGUUCAACUUACCAACAUCUGUGCUGGCGUUGUUCCGCGCAAUAUCUCCGCACUACUAUGCUCUGGACGGGGGAGGCAACAUGUUUCUUUACAAUGAUGCUACAUACCUCGCCGAGCAGCUCGCUGAUUUCGCAGCCCACUGGUCAACACGGAGUGAUCUCACUAACCAAGCGAAAGAACUAUUGAAGUUGGAUGACGACAUUAAAGCCCUCCGCAGCUUCGCAAAUCGCAGUUACAGCCACGAAAUAGCCGUCCAAAAGACGGUCUUGCGCGAUCUCAUCGGUGGAUCUCAAGCGCUGGCUGGGCAGGACGAGUGGGAAUCAGCCAUUGAAGCGGGGACGCACCGCAUUCGCGACAUGGCCUCUACGUGGGAGCGCAUUCUCAUGCGCUCCGUGUGGCUACAGGCUGUUGGGUCCCUCACCGAGUCCCUUGCCACGAAGCUCAUCACCGAUGUAUUGGAGAUGUCUGACAUUGGCGCGUCAGACUCGUACAGCAUUGCAAAGGCCAUCUCGACUGCCACCGAGUUGGAUGAUCUGUUUCUCCCCAGCCGUUUGUUCAGCACGCCAUCGUCGACGGAGGAAGUGCCCGCGACGGCAGAGUUUGCACCCAGCUGGCUACGCCUCAAAUUCCUGAGCGAGGUGCUGCAGAGCAACUUGAAAGACGUCAGAUUCCUGUGGCUCGAGAGCGACCUGAACCUGUACUUCACCCUCAGCGAGGUGGUCGACUUGAUUGAGGCCAGUUUCGAGGCGAAUCCGCAAAGGAGGGAGACUAUUCGGGUAAUCCAGUUACACCCAAGUCCGAGGGCAUAG